GACGGAGACACGCGCACCGCGCGCAGCCCAAAUCGCCGAACUCACCGAACACCGGACACACCGAGCGCUGAUGCCCGCUGGAGCUCACAGACUUACAGCAUCUCAGAGACCGCAGAUAAACAAAGAAGAAAACUGAACAUUUGUAACUGACAGACAAUCAGCAUCAAAGAUCCAUUACAGACAGACAGAAGGAGAGAGAGAGAGAGGGAGAGAGAGAGAGGGGAGAGAGAUAGAGAGAGAGAGAGUUUAUAGUCAUGAUGUCCUACAUGAAACAGCCUCAUUACUCUGUGAACGGUUUGACUCUGUCCGGUACCGGGAUGGAUCUCCUGCACUCCGCCGUCGGUUACCCCAACACUCCGCGCAAGCAGCGACGCGAGAGAACCACAUUCACGCGGGCGCAGCUCGACAUCCUCGAGGCGCUGUUCGCCAAGACGCGAUACCCGGACAUCUUCAUGAGGGAGGAGGUCGCGCUCAAAAUCAACCUGCCCGAGUCCAGAGUCCAGGUGUGGUUUAAGAACCGUCGUGCGAAGUGCCGACAACAGCAGCAGCAACAGACCAGCGGCCAGACCAAACCCAGACCGCCAAAGAAGAAGUCGUCACCGGCCCGAGAGCCCAGCGUCAGCGAGGCCAGCGCCAGCACCAACGGCCCCUACAGCCCCCCACCGCCUCCGCCCGGCACGGCCAUCACCCCGAGCUCCAGCAGCACCAGCGCCACCGUGUCCAUCUGGAGCCCGGCCUCUAUCUCGCCACUGCCGGACCCGCUGUCGGCCUCCAGCACGCCCUGCCUGCAGCGCUCCGGCGCCUACCCCAUGACCUACACUCAGGCCCCUGCCUACGGCCAGAGCUACGCCGCCUCCUCGUCCUACUUCACCGGGCUGGACUGCAGCUCGUACCUGUCGCCCAUGCACCCGCAGCUGUCGGCCACAGGCGGCGCUCUCAGCCCCAUCACCGCCUCGUCGAUGGGUGGAGCGCUCAGCCAGUCGCCCGCCUCGCUCUCGUCUCAGGGCUACACCGCCGCGUCGCUGGGCUUCGGCACCGUCGACUGCUUAGACUACAAAGAUCAAACGGCGUCCUGGAAACUCAACUUCAACGCUGCAGACUGUCUGGACUAUAAGGACCAAAACUCCUGGAAGUUCCAGGUCCUGUAGGGCAUCUAGAAGUAAUUUCGCAGCACUUCUAAAAGGUUCCAAAAUGGGUUGUAUUGUCAGUAAUGCCAAAAAUGGGCCAUUUUUGGUUCCCCUAAGAGUGAACGGUUUUGAAAAAGUGUAAAGAAUCUGCUGAAAAAAACCCUCAGGGUUGGGGUUAACGCAUUACAAGUAACACAAGUUGUGUAAUCAGAUUACUUUUUCAAGUAACUAGUGAAGUAAUGGAUUACUUUUAAAGUUAUAUCCUAGUUCAAAUAAGUAACGCAAGUAAUGCCUAUGUUGAGAGAAAUCGGGAGUAAGUGCAGAGACAGAGGCUUUUAUUCAUCUUUUUUUUGGUGUGAAAGGGUCUUUACAGUUACCAACAAUAUGUUUUUUUGGUGGUUUUUUUUGUUAUGAAAAAAAACAAAUAAACAAGCUUAAUGUAACGCAUUACUUUCCAUAAAAAGUAACCAAGUAACGCAAUUAGUUACUUUUUCAUGGAGUAAUGCAAUAUUGUAACACAUUACUUUUAAAAGUAACUUUCCCCAACACGGAAACCCUCUUAGAAUUUGCAAUGGUUUUAAUGGUUAAAAGUUUAUGGUUUGUAAUGUUUAUAAUGGUAUUUGUACUGGAAAUCAUUAGAACAUCUGUAGUGUUUUUUACACUUUUAAAAUACUGGCAUUCUUUAUUGGCAUUGAUGGUUCAAAGAAACUUUAACAUCAGUUGAACCACUAAAGGUUCUUUAUAGUGGAAAAAUGUUUCUUUGAUAGACUUUAAAAAAGGAAGAAACCCUUGGUUCUCCUACAAACUGUUUAUUGAAAGGUUUUUUGGGAAACCCAAACUGGUCCUUCUAUGAAAUCACUGCAAAAACACCCUUUGGAACCAUUAUAUUUAGGAGUGAUAUUGUUUUGUUUUUCAGCAGCGUUGUCCUUUUGUCCAAUGGAAAGAUUCCAUGGAUGCUGAAUGUUCUUCAUGGAGCCACUGAUGAAGAACCUUAUUUUUAUGAAUGUGGAUCACGUUAUAACCAUAUUCAGAACUGUUCACGCACGAGUGAAGCGUUUGUAGGACACGGCUAGACGUACAGCUGACUGUCCAGUGUAGAUGGAAUUGUUUCUUACUGUCUGUCUUGAUUAUUUAUGAAUAACACUGAAUGAUGUGUAGCUGGUAGAUGAUAGAGAAAUGAACAGGUGCCGCACAGCUCACGUUUAGUGCGGUAACGCUUGCGUUAAAGACAAUCAUCAUCAUCAUCAUCUUCUGAACUGCUGAAUCACAGUUGUUUUAGGAGGGUUAUGAUUAGGCUAGAUGAUGUCUCAACCUUCAGAAUCCCAAAUGUGUGUGAAUCAGCUGCUUCUGAAGAACGAACCACAAAGUCCCGCUCGGAGACACCAGGAGCAUAGCAUGCUGGGAUUCCACUAUAAGUCACACGACAUGAACUCUAGCGCUCACUAGAGCUGAAGAUGUCUCAUUUAUGUUUUAUAUGUUUCCUUAAUUGAUGUAAUGAUUAGAACAAACAUCUGUUGUUUCUUCUACAGUUCUGAACCUGUGAAACGUUCAGUAUUUACGGCUCAAUUCGCUCAGUAUUUACUGUCGUUUACACGACUGUGAUUCUGAAACGUCAAACUUUACUUGAAUAAAAUAAUCAUGUGUUGAGUUACAUGGAAUUGAACAUCCAGCAAACUCUUGAUGUUUAGAUGCUGCCAACAAUCAGCGUUUGUUUUCUUGUCAAUCUCAGGGGUUUCUAUCGCUCACAGACGCAGAGGUUUAUCGGCUCUUAAUGCUCGUUUGUAAAUCAGCGCUCUUUUCUGAUGUAAGAUUCUGUCUUUCUUUGUAAUGUCCUGCUUUUUCAUUGUGUUUGCAUUUAGAGACUUGUAGUUUUGAGACUUUCAGUGAAUUAUGAAUAAACUAUUUCUUUCCAUAAAUACAGAACAGGUCAGUUUUGUUCAUUUAGUAAUUUUUAAUGAAUGAAUGAAUGAAUAACUAGAUAAAAAAGUUGGCAAGACGGAAAUCUUAAAUCAGCUAUAAAAGCUUGAAGUAUUAAUAUUUAGAUAGAUUACAUUGAUGUUGUUAGGAUGUUUCUAACAUGAUUAGCAAAUUACUAGCAUGUUGUUAGCAUGGUUGACA